AUGGACCAGACGCGCGCCAUCAACGCGCUCGCACCCUUUGUGGCCCUCGCCAAAUCGGCCAAUUCACCCCGCGCCGCCGCCGAUCUCGUCGCGCAGGCCACCUCCGCCGCCAACACAUACGUCUUCGCCGAGCUGCUGCAACAACCCAAUGUGCAGGCGCUGGCAGGUCAAGAGCAAUAUGGAAACUUCUACACGCUGCUCGAGCUUUUCGYCUGGGGAACGUGGGAGGACUAUAAGAACGCAUCCGCUUCUCUUCCCCCGCUCUCUGACACACAAGCUCAGAAGCUCCGUCUACUCUCCCUCCUCACAUUGGCCUCCCAAAAGUCCGAUUCGCCUUCCACUGGAUCAACCCUCAGCUAUCAGUCCCUCUGCACCCGCCUAGACCUUGCCUCGCCCGUCGAGCUGGAGCAGCUCAUCACAACCGCUCUCUAUAGCGAUCUCAUCACCGGUACUCUCAAUCCCGCCGCUCAGACGAUCAACAUCACAUCUGUCGCGCCUCUCCGAGACCUGGCACCGGGCAGUGUGCAGUCCAUGAUCGCCGAACUUGCAGCCUGGAGCGGACGCUGCGAUGCAAUGCUGGUGGGUCUUGAUGCCGAGAUUAAGAAGGUCAAGAACGAGUCAGAAAAGCGUGCGAAGCAGGAAGCUAGAGCAGAGCGGCAGGUCAAGGGAGUGACGGAUGAGGCGGAGAAGGGAGGCAACUCGGGCAAGACGAUGGCUCCGGCAGCUCCCAGUCGAACGGGUCACAACACACGCAACGCCUUUAAGCGGGAGGUGUCGAAUGAGGAGUACAGCGACGACGACGACGAUGUCAUGGACCUGGAUAGUGGGACUACGAGUAAGAAGAAGGGAGGUCUGAAGGGAUACUUUUCCAAGCGAUAG